AUGGAGCAAUUUGCAGUGGAUGACCUUGUAAUUAAGUUAAUGGCAAAGAGGAAGGAGGUCAUGCACACACUCUACACAGCAUACAGCCAGAAAAUAGAGAAGUUUCUGCUGGAUAAUCCAGGGAUUGAAGCCAUGACAAUAGAAGGAUACUUAAACAGAAUAGAAGAGAAGAACAAAGAGAGAGAAGAAUUACUGCAGAAGAACAUGCCAGAGAAAGAAAGAAAAAGAAAACAAGAGAUUGAGCAAGAUAAAAGAAGAAAGUCAAUGAUAGUCACAUUCGAUGAUAUGUCAUUUUCAUUUGGAAAGGAAGAACUAGAACAACUCUCAGGGAAGGAAAAACCAGUCGAUCCAGAAGUGAAGAAUAUUCUUGAGAAAAUGAACAGUCUCUUCAAGCAACUAGGGAAGACAAAAGAAAAGUAG